UUGACUUCAGCACUUUUUAGUCCAUGCCAACUAGUUCAGUACUUCAACAACACGGAGGGCGAAUGCAGUUCAGUCGAAAGGACUAGGCACACAUGUCCGACCACUCCCUUCUGUGCCAUACCGCGGGCAGAGUGAGGAGCAGCAGCCGUGGGGGACAUCCGUUGGGACAGCCAGUGAGGAGCAGCAGCCGUGGGGGACAGCCGGUGGGACAGCCAGUGAGGAGCAGCAGCCGUGGGGGACAGCCGGUGGGACAGCCAGUGAGGAGCAGCAGCCGUGGGGGACAUCCGGUGGAACAGCCAGUGAGGAGCAGCAGCCGUGGGGGACAUCCGGUGGGACAGCCAGUGAGGAGCAGCAGCCGUGGGGGACAUCCGGUGGGACAGCCAGUGAGGAGCAGCAGCCGUGGGGGACAUCCGGUGGGACAGCCAGUGAGGAGCAGCAGCCGUGGGGGACAUCCGGUGGGACAGCCAGUGAGGAGCAGCAGCCGUGGGGGACAUCCGGUGGGACAGCCAGUGAGGAGCAGCAGCCGUGGGGGACAUCCGGUGGGACAGCCAGUGAGGAGCAGAGAAAAUGGAGCGCAGCGCCACGUCUUCAACUGCUCCCAACCCAUCCCCCUCAAACUCGCUCCCCUCACCCCAAUGGCCCAGAGACUGCGGCCAUUGUUUCGGGAGCACAAAAGACUCACAAAGUGAACAAAUGUGCCUUUCUGCUGUCCGGAUGGAGUGCGGAAGACAGGCCUGGGACACCUGAUCUAUCCCUCCAUCUGCACAGAGAAAGAGGCAGCCAGGGAGAGAAACUCACCGUUAGUCACCCCCGAACUGAUCCAAGAUCAGAAUACUUAAAACAGUCAGUUGUGGGAGAGGAAAGGAGCAGGUCCAGAGGAGAGAUCUGGUGACCCUCGAUGGAAACUUUUUCACCCUCCAACUAAGUCUCUGCAUUAAUUGAGUGAGAACGAGAAAGAAAUGGCAAAGACAAAAUGGAGGACGAAGCAGAAUAAGAGAGAAAGGAAAGAAACACUGAUUGAAAGAGAGGGACAGAUAGGAGAAAGGGUGAUAGAGUGAGUGAGUUGUGUACUGUAGUACCGAGACUGUAGUAUUCAGCCCUCAGUGACUGAAAGGCAAAUAUUAGUUUGUAACACUACUGCACUCUAAUAAAAAAAAAAAGUGGUUAAACAUCAAA